UAUGGUUAGGAAAUGAUAAAAUAACCACAUCCUGAAUUGUUAAAAUAAUCUCGAACAGAGAGAGAUAAAGCAUCAGUGUUCAAGUAGAAGUAUUAAAUAGUUUGCAUCAUAACAGUUGUGUAACACAAUUAUUGCAUACCAAUGUAAUAGUGCUAAAGCAAUAAUAUAAUAAUAUAAACCAGACGUUGCCCAGAUUAAAUAUAUAUAUAUAUAUAUAUAUGUGUGUAUGUGUGUGUAUGUGUACGUACAUACAACGAUAUAAAUGGUGUAAAAGUAUAAUAUAAAUACGGUCUAUAAAAUAAAAAUAUAAUCAAGAAACAAGUUUCACUAAAAACACCAUGACAACCAAGCUCGCGAUUAAGCAUAAAAACUCUCUUGUUUUGAAAGAAAACAAGUUGCUUCAAGGAAAGAAAUAUCACAGCUGCAAGCUGUCCAACUUGAAGAAAUGCGAACAUCUGUCUUUUUCUUGGUUAACCUUAAGCAUAUUUCUAGUUUAUUGGUUUAUUUUGUGUCCUCUAAUUUGGGUAACAUGUGAUAUGUCGAAGACAUAUUGGUUUUCAUAUUGGCCUGUUCCUUUCUGGACUAUCGUAUUUCUAAUCUGGAUCAUGAUCAUGUAUGCACAUAUAAUAUUUUGGAGGAGACGUUUACAAACUCGACAAGAUGCCGAAGUCAAUCACAUGACUUCAAAACAUAGUUCGGAGAUUAUGGAAAAACUUUCAAGUGUUCAUCAGACAUCUUCGGAAGAAGCAAAUUCUUUCGAAAUAAAGAUGUAUAAUCUUUCAGAUCAGAAAAUAAAAAAUGAUUCUGAUAACCUUCAUAGAAAAGAUUUACCACUUCUAACGAUACAUAAACAAAUGUUUGAUGAGGAUAUUGAUAACAUGGGGAUAAUGCAGAUUGAAAAGGAUGAAAAUGAUCAGCUGGACGUUGCCAGUGACUACGUCGGAAAAAGUUCUUUGCAAGAUUAUUCAAAGCUGGAGAAGGAAGUGAAGUCACCGAAAACCCCGAUGUCACCGAGAGAAUUGUUUUUCAUCGAUUUGAUUCGAGAAGCAGAAAAAGCUGAAAGCGCAAAAUUGGAGAAAAUUUAUUUUUUUCCGAAUGAAACAACCCAACAUAAUAUAAAAAGCGAGGAGGAAAUGAAGAAUAAGAUAGAUACCACAAAUGAAGAGUAUAUAGAAAAUAUUCAAGAUGCGAAUGAAAAAAAUGAGAAGAUAAAUAAAAAUAAAUCGAAAUGCGAAUCAAAUUAUUUCAUAGCAAAUGUAGAGAACCCGGAAUCAGCGAAAAAAGCGGAGAUGUUCCUUCAAAUUGAUUCGAUGUAGAGGAACAGUUAGAAACAAACAUAGAAAAACUAAUUUUGAUAUUGCGAUUCGAUAAAGGAAAUGUAUAGAAAUCAUCCAUUUUGUCAGUUAAUUGAAUUAUUAAUAUAAUAAUUACGAUCAAAUAUUAAAAAUAUUGAUUAUGAUAAUCAAAAAGAGUAAGAAUUAUGAGAGGAAAAGGGAAAGGCUUCGACAAGAAAAAAUUUCUCGAAAAAAUAUAUAAAUAAAAAAAUCGAUACUAUUAUCAAUAAAUAUGUCUUUUGAAUUUUCUAUAUUUAUGUUUUAUUCUCCACCUCUUCACAUUCUCAAUUCAUCUCUCUGCAAAUAUCAUGAUUAUAUGUAUAUAAGAUAUAUUUUGUUUAAUUUAGAAUGUAUACAAUAUUUAAAUAAUGUAAGGUUAGGAAUUUGAAAGUAUUAAGGUUUUAGAUAAUAUUUUAUUAAAAUCACGCUUC